AUGGAGGCCAGCGGCGAGGUUUACAAGGCCAGCGGCGAGCACUUCGUCCUCGUCCACGGCGCCGGCCACGGCGGCUGGUGCUGGUUCAAGCUCGCGUGCCUGCUCCGGGGCUCCGCCCACCGCGUCUCCUGCAUUGACCUCACCGGGGCCGCCGGCAGCCUCGUCGACCCGGACGACGUCCGGUCGUUCGACGAGUACGACGCGCCCCUCACCGACUUCAUGGCCGCCUUGCCGGACGGCCACAAGGUAAUUUUGGUAGGGCAUAGCGCAGGAGGACUGAGCGUCACCCAUGCGAUGCAUUUGUUCAGAGACAAGAUCAAGCAAGCCAUCUUCAUAGCAGCAACCAUGCUCCCGUUUGGGUACCAAACGGAACAAGAUAUAAAAGAUGGGGUACCUGAUUUAUCCGAGUUUGGUGAUGUGUACGACCUGAAAUUCAGUCUGGGAGACGACCGCCCUCCAACGAGUGUGGCGCUGAGAGAGGAGCACCAGCGCACAAUCCUGUAUCAGCAAUGCUCCCAUGAGGACUCCACACUUGCAUCCAUUCUGCUGCGCCCGUGGCCGGCCGCUCUGAGCACUGCCAGGUUCGGCCAUGUCGAUGACGGAGCCGAGAGUGAAGUAAACACAGUGCGUCGGGUGUACAUAAAGACAGCCAAUGACCACAUGGUGAAGCCGGAGCAGCAGGAGGCGAUGAUCCAACGGUGGCCGCCGAGCGAGGUGGUGGCGAUGGACACUGACCACAGCCCUUUCUUCUCUGCGCCGGAGCGUCUCUUCGAGCUGAUCCUCAAGUCAAUGUAA